AUUUUUUAAUUGCACAUUUACUUUCAUAAAGUUAUGCUAACUCCAGUUUUUAAAGUAAUUUUUAUUGUUAUUGUAUUCUGGCGCCAGUUUUCAAAUACACUGAAGCGCGGAAAAAUAUUCAAAUUUCAAUGUUGAAGGUACGACAUAGCGUAAUAAUGAAUGCUUAUCGUUUGGAGUGUAAAGAUGUUUUUUAUCAGUCUACGCUGGACAGUCUACUUAUCAGUAAUAAGGUGUUCAGCUUUCUAUAUCAAGGAAUAUAAUUAGUUUUUAUUAUAUUCUACUUUCAAUUUAGUAGACGGUAUACGCGUUACAGUUUUCACUGAAGUCUUUAUUUUUUAUCGAGUGUAAAUAUCGUUCUAAAACUGCGCCUUUCACAUACCUUCUUAUUCUUCCUCGUUUCGACUUGAACCCAUACUGCUGUAUCAUCGUGUAGCGAUUUCUCUCGCUUAAAAACAAUUUGUUUCCUGUCAAUGUAUUACAUGUUGCUACUUUUCAUUUAAAAAUUGAGAAACAAUUAAAUGAAAUAAGGUGAUUAAUAGUCUAUAAACUUUUAUAUCGCACAGGCAACGUGUUUAGUAGAAAAAAAUCUUGUCUCUAUCAGACACACGAUAUGCUUUUCAUGUUGCAGACACAACUUCCUGUAAUUAUUCGCAAGUUUCUUUCAUUUUCUUGGACAAGUGAUCGUUCCCUUAAUAUCUUACGUAAAUGUAAUAACGAUCAAAUUGACCAGUCUGCUAAGAUAUACAUAGUACAAUAGCGAAAUUAAAUAAGGAGACAGUCAGGAAACGAAUAUCAAAUUUGUGAGAACUUGUUACAACGGAUACAUUCAGUAUAAUCACCCUGCUGCCAUUGUUGAUGAUUUUUCUUCUCUGUCCACGUAAGAAUGUUCAUUUAUCCUGAUUAUACAGCCGGAUACAAAUAAUAAUAGUUGAUGCAUGAUUUGCUCGCUUUCCAUUCGAACUAUUCGGAACGUAAGGUUUCUGAAUUGAACUAAUGAUUUUACCAUGCAUUUUACUUGAUCGCUAUUUUUAAAGAUCAAUUUUCUUUUUAUUUCCCUAACACGAUAAUCACCACUUCCUUUUUAUGCCCAAUUGUAGGAGAUAAGGACAUACAAUUCCUGACGACAUUUAACACAUACUCAAGACGAGCUUACUCAGGGCAAGAGUCAUCAUCAGAAACAGAGAUCAUUGAAAUCAUCAAGGAAUUUCCAUCUAAACCAGGGAUGAGCAACCUUUUUUUACAACGGGCCGGUUAUAAAUUUAAAAAUGUUAUGCGGGCCACGUGUAAGAAACUUAUGAUAAUACAAACACUGAAUGAUGAACUCAUAUUAUCUGUUUAUUAAUAAAAUAAGCAUAAUUUUUGGAAAUGAUGACAUCAGUGCCUAUCUAUGAUGUCGGCAUCAUUUCCAAAAAUUAAAUUAACACGCCUAGGGUACAAUGAGGCUGCAGAACAUUAAGAAUUUUUAAAAGUCAAAAUGUAAAAUCUUUGAAGAGCCGCACGAGAAAGUGGCAUGCGGGUUGCUCAUCCCUGAUCUAAACAAAACUUAUUAACCGCAAGAUUUUCCACAAAACAUGGAUAAAUUAAAAUGGGACACUCCGUAUAAAUAGAUUUCCAGAUAGGAAAAGUGUGAGUCUUUCGCAAUCGCACUUCGUUCUACAUUCGUUUUUACUCAAUUUGCACGAAUCGUUACCAGUUUUCCAUUCGAACUGGCAAGCCUAACGAGCCUUAAGUUAUGUCAUUAAAUGAAAUGUCUAUAAUUAUGCUGUCCACGUUCGGUUAAACGGGAAUAGGGAAAAUAUGAAAACAAUCGAGCACGAUUUUUAUCGAGCAGACCUGGCUAUUCAUUAUUCCAAUGGAUACGAUUGCAUUUCACUGGAAUGAGUGCUUUCAUUAGCCUGCUUCGACUUAAGAGCACGUGGAUAAAACGACACGUUCUUGUUCCUCUCUUGCAGAGUAUUUUGGUAUAAAACAACGUAUGAAUUUCGGUCGCGUUUUACUCGUCUGCCUUUUGUGAGGGCAACCGAGGAAAGUGAGUCAACGAUAUGAUUGGCAAUUUUCCAGGAUGUACAGUGAAUUUUAAAACAUGGGACAGGAAAAUGAAGAAUAGACGUCUUCGUUAAUAUUUGAUGAAUUUUUGUAAGUUUAAAGAACGAAGAAUCACUGUUGAAUUUUGGAGAAAUAUAAUAACGAAGCGGUCAACGUUCUCCCGUAAAGGUAAAAAGGUGGGAGUCGGUAUAAAGAGAGGAAAUACUCGAUGGCGAUGGCCAGUGAGUUCAGUGAGAGUGCCGUGAUCCUUUUACCGAUCUACCGUGAAAGUCAACCAUGAAGAUCCUGCCACUGGUCGUCCUCUGCUGUUGUUCCAUCCUCGUCCUCUCGGAGAGCAGAGAAUCCAGCAAAGAAGAUUUAUUAUCUCGAGCCUCGGCUCAGCUGGAACGCCUGGCACCGUAUAGAAGGACCUCGACAGAACAGAAAGCAUCCAACGAACAGUGGCAAUUGCUGGACAAUGCCUCCAAGGAUGCGAAUAGAAUAUUGAGAGAACAACGUACAGCCUUUGAAAUUUACAAACUUCUCCCGGAGAAAAUGCAGAUUGAUAUCGCGAAGAGGAUCGGCGCUGAUCGAGCUACCAUCGAGCUCCUAGGUGAUCCAAAAUACAUUGAGAUGAUGCAGGAUAGGAUCAAGAGAUCAGGAUCCAAACGCGAUUAUAGCGGACCCGAGGAAUACGAUCAUCCUCCGGACGGGUAUCAUUACGGAGGAUACGAUACUGAUCAUGGAGAACAUCACGAAUCUUCAGGAUCCGAUUCUGGAGGUAUCCUGAAAGGAUCCGGGAGCUUGAUCGGCGGUAUAGCCAAUGGUAUAAUCGGUGGUCUUGUCAGCGCCUCCAGCAGCGCGUCGAAAGGAUCAUCCUCGGUCUCUGCUUCGAGUGCAUCGUCCAGCUCUUCCUCGAGCUCGGAUUCGGGCCAUAAAAAACCGGAAUACGGGCAUACCUAUUCGGUAACUAUGUAGCCAUUCGAAUGUUAUUUUCCGGGUUCGAGACACGUUCGCUUUUGGCUAGAAUCAGAGAGAAAAGAAGGGGAAUUCCAUCACUUGUCUUCACUUUAUGAGAAAACACUAACUUAAAAUCUUCUUCCUUUACAAAUAAAGAAUAUGGACAAACAUGGCAGGUGGUGGGACACUCCUCUCUCUACGCUUCCUUUUAACUAAGCAAACCCUAUGUCGCAAGCAACCAUUCAUGAAAUAACCCAUGAUCUUGAUGUAAGAUCAAGGACCAAAUAUUUUUCGCGAGUGAAAGCGAAGAAAGUUCAUAUAUAUUGAAAUAACGCAAGAAUACUUUCACAAAAAAAGGUCAAGGCGAACGAGAUGAUUGUAAAAACAUUCAAUUUCGAUCCUGUAAACGAACCCGCCACGAAAUUCAACUGUAUUCGCCCUCCGAUAGCGAUACAUUAGAGUAGAAACGAUAGAUCAAUGUAUUAGCUGCACGAAAGGAAAUAAUUAUCUGGGUCGUCAAGGUUGCAAUUAAGGAGGGAAAUCUUAGCUGGUUCUCGUCUUCUUCGAACGCCUCUAUGAAAUCAUAGAAUCUUUCAAACAAGUAUUUCACGGUAAAAAUUUACAAACGUCAUUGUUUCUUUUUUUGAAGUAAAAGUAUAACUUUUACUCUUGUAGGAUCCGGACGAACUGGUCCGUUGAUACAGAUUUUUCGAAACGAUUAUUCGCUUCACGAAUACCCCCUGCUGGAAUUUGUAAUUUGCGAAUCAUAAUUAUUCCGUAGUCAUCGAUACGAAACAGGUCGACCGUGAUAUGUUAUCAUCAAUGGGUCGAACUUGUCGCCGACUGAAUUUUGCUUUGCGUACGACAGAGUGACCCACCAAUGGGUCACUGGAUGCUACGUCGACGUGGCCCACUGAUGAUGGGUCUUUAGUAUAUUAAAUCUGAAAAAUUAUUAAACAAAUUCUUUAUGAUUCUCUUUCACUAUUGUUGCUGUUCUACACAUGUCGUUAUUAUCAACGCAAGAAUGAUAAUUAAAGAAAAUAUUUCAUGGGCGUUAAUGAUCAACUAAGUACCAGCUAGAUAAGUACCAAAAGCACUUACAAAGAUUACACUUAAGAUACAAGUAGUGUUAACGUUAGAAUAAAUAGAAGCAGCUUGUACCAAACAAUCUUUGAAUAUUCAAUAAAGUAUAAAUGAAAUUUCAUUGCAAUCCGAA